UCCCCCCCCCCUCUCUCUCUCUCUCUCUCUCUCUCUCUCUCAAUCCAAAUAUGCAGAGGUCGUCUCUGGGCUCGCCUGGGUCGAAGCUCCACGGCCAUGGAGGAGAAAAAGAAGAGAAGGUCGAUGGGGAGGAGCGGAGGAAAAAGGAAGGCUGCGGUGUCGACCGCUGUGGAGUCGCAGACGAAGAUGAGAACAAGGAAGAGAAGCUUCACCGAUCGAUGAGUUACCGGUCCGAGAGAUCGAUACAUCUAAUACCUAUUCUCAUUAUAUUCUGCAUACUCGUUCUCUACCUCUGUUCUUACGAUCCUUCUCAAAAAGAGUUAGCUCAUUUUAAUGGUUUCCGGUGGUUCUCGAAGCCGACAGGUAUAAUAUUCGACGGAGACCGGCGAUUUCGGGCGAUAUUUAGAGAUAGAGAAAGGCGAUGUAUUGGCGAUACGAAGCCAUCGGAGCUUGCAGGAGGUCGGAAGAGACGCUCGGCGAUAUUGGCUUCAUCGAAAAGUCGCCGAUUUUUAGCCCGCAUUAUCUGAGUCAGCCCCAGUUCGAUUGGAGGGGUGGUGAGAGUCUGAGAGACGGAGGUCGAUGUUUACAUUAUUUCCUUGGUAGGGAAGUGCUGCCAAAACUCCAGUGGAUGCCACUUUAACAAACACCGUGAUGUUUGGGGGCAGAAGACACAUCUGUAGUCCAGUUUUUGUAGUGUUUGCGAGAACUGAGAUUUCUCCUGUAUUUGGAUUUCAAAAGUAGUGAUGGAAUUAUAUUUUUCAAAGCUGAGAAAUAUUGUUUGGAAUUGGAAAAUACAAUGAAUUUAUCUAAAAAACUGUGUUUGGUUUGAAA